UAUUUAUUUUAAAAUUUUAAAUAUUUUUUUCUACCUCAACCCCAGCCCCCAACCACCCCCACACCCCACUUUCUAUUUUCUUUUAAUUAGAUUUUUUUUUUCUUAUCCCAACCCCCACCAAUCCACCCACCCACACCUCUUACAUAACAUCCUCAUUGUCUCCAAACUCCUUCCCUCGUACUUUGUUCUUCAUGCUGUCCAAGAUUUGGCAAAAUUAAAAGAAAGUUUUGCAGGAACUCAUCAAGUCUGAGGGAAGUAGCAUGUAAUGAAUAGCUUGUUUCAUGCAUGUUCCAUUGCAAUAUUAACAAGCACUACAUGUCUUGCCUUGAAGAGUUCAAUUUGUGAAAAUCUGGUGUUAUCUUGGAAGAUGAGCUUCUGCACAUGCUUGAAUUAGAAAGUUGAUUUUGACUUGUUUCUGGAUAGAAUUAGCAUCUAACGAGUGUAGCAGUGAUAGUUCUCGUUCACGGAAGUUUGAUCCUUUUCCAAUAAUGAAGGAAGAGAGAGAUGGUUUCUUUGUUGUUAAGAAAGGAGAUCUUGUUGGAGUCUACAGAAACUUGGGUGACUGCCAGACUCAAGUCGGAUCCUCGAUAUGUGAUCCUCCGGUUAGUGUGUAUAAAGGCUACUCCAUGCCAAAGGACACAGAGGAAUAUCUUCUAUCUUGUGGGCUUAAAAAUGCACUUUAUUCUAUCAGAGCUGCAGAUCUGACAGAAGGUCUCUUUGGCGCUCUAGUACCAUGCCCUUUUCAGCACCAAUCUUCUUCCAAAGGUGGAGCUUCUGAGCAUGUGCCAAAGAAGAGGUCACAGGAAGCAAUGUGGUCAGAAUAUGCGGAUACUGUUGGAUCAGCUGUUACGUCAAAUGAUUCGCAAAGAAAGCAUAUCAAGUUAUUAGAACCUCCUAAGGGUGACCAAGCUAUACCAUCUGGUGUUUAUGCUGUUGGAUUGAAAGAAGCUGCUGAUCGUGGUUAUCCUCAGCAGCGAUCUUGCACUCUCGAAUUUGAUGGUACUUCAAAAGGAAACCCAGGACAGGCUGGUGCAGGAGCUGUAGUACGAGCUGACGACGGAAGCUUGAUCUGUAGGUUGCGUGAAGGUUUAGGAAUAGCAACAACCAGUGUUGCUGAAUAUCGAGGCUUUAUCUUGGGUUUGAAAUAUGCACAUAGCAAAGGGUUUACAAGUAUUCGUGUUCAGGGUGACUCCAAACUUGUUUGUAUGCAG